UAUAUUAUAUCAAAUGUUAGAUAUUCUCUAAUAUCUUCCGCUGAAUACCAUACACAAACUUAACAGAAUUGUCUGGUUUGCUAAAAGAUCAGCAUUGUCCGGUGGAGGUCGACCUUGAUCUUUUUUACGAUUUGAUUCAAGUGAUCCUUGAAUGUCACCAAGAUCAGGGAAGAAAGCUGCGGAUCAAUGACGUUUGCUAAGCUUAUGGCGUCUCUAGAGGUUAAGAUCGAAGACAACACUGCAAAUUUUGAGACCUUGGGCUAUUUCAGCAAUUCUGCCUGGCCGCGGUUACCCAUCAUAACAAGUGUACCAAAUAUACUUCGUCAAGUAAAUGUACAAGCUUACACCCCUAGCGUUGUAUGUAUUGGGCCUCUUCACAGUAGAAAGGAACAUCUUCAAGCAAUGGAGGCGGACAAAUUGAGCUACAUGCGUUUCCUAUUUCAACGAAUAAAGAAUCCUGAGGAAACACGAAAAGAAUGUCUGGUAGCUAUGUUACAGAUGAAAGAAAGGUUCAAGAAAUGCUAUCCAGAUCAAGCAGCAGCUAAGCAGCUGCAGGGAAUUGGAGGUGUCACCAGUAGCACUAGUCUUGUAGAAAUGAUGCUGAUUGAUGGUUGUUUCAUUAUCGAACUCGUAUACAGGUAUCACACAAAUGAACAGGACCCCAUCUUGAAUAAUCCUUUCAUGUACUCUGCCGUCCGACGUGACUUGCUACUACUUGAGAACCAGAUUCCCUUCUUUGUUCUUGAAAAUUUGUUCAGUCUGACUGUGGAACGCAUCGAAUUCCCAUAUGGUAACCCUACCCCUACCCUUAUUGGAUGUCUCCUUUCAUUCUUUGGUGAUAUAAUGGGCUUAGAAGAUACUAGCCGUGACAUAAGCAGAAUGUAUCGCUGGUUGUCUCCUUAUCAUAUACUCCAUCUCUUACACUAUUUCUACCAACCCCGUGUUCCUAACAACGAAGGUGCAUCUCGCGUGCCUGAACUAGGUACAACAGCAACUCAACGACGACAACGACGAGGAGUCAGUGCUGCAUGUGGGCAAGAUCAGCAACCUGCGGGAUAUGAAGGUACUGCAACACAACUCCACAAUGAAGGAAUCAAGCUGCGGAAACGUAGUUGUACAAGUAAGCUUUUCGAUGUGAAAUUUAGCACUCAUGAUCGUAAUUAUGUUUAUUUCUGGAGAGGGGGUUUAGAAAUCCCACGUUUCUCCAUCUAUGAUUUCACUGAAUCAGUCUUGAGAAACCUCAUCGCAUUCGAGCAAUGUUAUCAUUGGAUGGGGAUCAGUUGUUUCACGUCCCACGCAUUCCUUAUGGAUAUCCUCAUGGACUCGGUGGAGGACGUUAAAUUGCUUGAAAAAGCAGGAGUCAUAUGUAACCAUUUGGGUUCGAGUGAAUCCGUGUUGCAAAUCUUCAAUGGUAUAUGCAAGAAUGCUCUUCCACAACAUUUCGAUUACGAUGAGCUAUGGAAUGAUAUGAAGCGUUUCCGCAAACCUUGGCGAAAACAAUUGGGAACAGUGAAACAUAAUUGUGCUGGUAAUCCAUGGAUAGUGUUAUCAGUCGUCGGUGCAUUUGUCCUUUUUGUCCUCACACUUUUGCAGACCGCGUACUCCAUGCGUGCUUAUUAUCAUCCUCCAGCGUAGACUCCCCCCACGGCCCUUCACCCUGAUGCCCAAAUUUUCACUAGCUAUUUUCCUACAUCUUCUGUCCCCAAACUAGCUGCUUAAUUCAUUUACAUUUUCUCCUGAUUAUGUGUCUUCUCUGCCUUCAUUUAUUUCUACAAAGUAAUGAUCUGCUGCCUCAUAUCGGUCUACCUAGGUCAGCAUCAGUGAUGUGCAUGGAAUGUCUUUAAUAUCGCGAAUCCGCCUGUUCGUAACCCUUUUUCAAGAUUGGCUCGACCGGUUUACACGAUAUUCACUCCAGUCAAUGGACUCUUUAAUUAAAACAUAUCAUAUGUAUAGUGGCUGUAAUAACUGGCCGGGUGAUCAGUACUCAUGUACUGUCAUCUUUAUGAGUUGUCAUUUGUAAUCACUAUCUCUUUUGUAUGAUUCUCAUUAGUUAUGAUUAGUGUUUGAUUAUCCAGACAUUUUUAUCCUUACUUUCUA